GAUGCCAACGAGAUCAGGUCGUCCAAACCGCGUAUUGCGUGCAAGCCCCGAGCUGCAAAAUACCAAACCCGUGACCAGACGCACCCAGAUGGGUUAUUACGUCAUGCGAUAGUACGAAUGCGAGCCCCAGCCCCGCAUCUCCGCAUCUUCACCUUGGUACGCGAUGAGUACGCCUCCGAUCCCCAAAGCCUCGCUUUACUACUAUCCUGGAUCUAUCUGGGCCUCAGUAGCCCUUCUCGCCCUGGAAGAAAAAGGGUAUGGACCCGAAGAAGUCGAUCUCAAAGUCGUCGAUCUGUCCAAAGGCGAGAACUUCGCGCCGUCCUUCCUCCGGCUGAACCCCAAGGCGACCGUGCCCACGCUCGUCGUUCCUCUGGACAAGACCCUGUCGUCUGAUAUCGAGAGCCGUUAUAAAGCGCUCACCGAUUCCAUUGCCAUCGCCGAGUUCCUCGACAAAUCGCGCAGCGCGAGGUCACGCACGCAUACCGUCUCGACCGCGCCCGCGCCGUCGCUCUCGCCCGCCACGCCCGCCUUCCUCGCCGCCUCCAACUCUGUGAUCGCGCUCCUGCACUCGGACGCGCUCGAUCCGAACAGCCUCUUCUACCUCGCCGCGCGCAACCCGGACCAGCUCGCGGCCGCAACACCGGCCGUGCUGCCCUUCCUCGAGGGUCGCAUCGCCGCGCUCGACGGCUUCCUCGCCGAGUCCGAGCGCCCGGAGGAGGACGGCGGCCUGCACGUCACGGAGAAGGUCAAGGCGCUCUGGCGCGAGAAGCGGCUCGCGAGCGUCGCGUUCUGGGAGGUGUUCCGGUACGGCACCAAGUCCGAAGCAGAGCUCGACGAUGCGGCCAAGCAACGGAGGAAGGAGUACUUUGAGCAAGCGAAAAAAGUGUGGGAUGGCGUCAAGGCGCCGCUUGUAGCGCUCAACAAGGAGAUCAUUGGGCCGUAUGUCCUCGGUGAUCAGCUUUCUCUAGCUGACUUGCACCUUGCCGCGUGGCUCUCCCGCGUCCUACAGCUCGUAGGUUCUUCGGUUGGAGACCAAGGUCCUUUGGCCAUCGCGAAGCUCGAGUCUCAGGUGGCACCUGAUGGGUCUCUCGGGCUUCCGAAGGAUUUCGCCGUCCUGCCGCCACAGAACACGCCAACUCUUGACUCUACUCCGUCGGACAGCCGCCCACCGGUAAAAGUCAACAAACUCGCUGCAUUCUGGGAUGCCAUCCGGGAAAGGCCGAGCUGGGCAAAGAUUUAUGAGGAAGGAUUGCACUAGGAACGAUUAGAGAGAGCGCCGCUGUAGAAUGUACAUGAAAAAAACAAGGAUCGCAACAGCAUCUUACUGAUAGUGUCACGAGCGUGAGUAGAGACAAGUAGAAUAGGGUAGAACGCCCUCGAUUAGCGUAGUCUAUCGUAGAUCGGCGUAUCAUCUACUUGUACUGACUUACUUGAUGACUGACCAUUACAGUGUUGAAUCACUCCUUGAUGCACUAUCACUCCUUGAUGCAAUCGGCUCUCCCGCCUUUCACUGGCUCAGAACCCUCUUAUAAUUAAUUCAUAGUGUACCUUCAUACUGUUGCAAGAAUGUAUC